GAAAAGUCCCGUCGUGUCCUGUCGUUUGCGAGUUCCAAGUUCCAAAUUCCAAAUUCCAAAUUCCAAAUUCCAGUCCCCUUUUGGUGCCGAUCUCCUUGUGCCGGCAAAAGUUCCAAGCUCCGCCGCCGCCCUCCGGCUAUUAUCAGAUUGUUAUUCGCUUCAUUUCCAUCGUCAACUUGGCCAAUGUCUUCGUCGAAGCAUCUCCCGAUUAACAACUACUCCUGAACAUAUAUCAGUUUUUCCCGUCUCUACUGAAAUGGUCUGUAGGGACAAUCGCCCCAGUGAUGAGAUUUACAGCAUAAUCUGGAGUCAAGAUUUCUCGUGAUGCGAAUAGUGUCAAAUGAUAACCUGGUAGUGGAUAGUUCAGAAACAGAGCCCAUCUUAUCGCAGAUUGCGGUUGUUGAGGAAUCUGAGGACACUUCACAUUCAACUGAAAUUACUGAAGAUUGUUUGGAGACUGCUGGUGACCUGCCAAGUGUUGGAGUCUACGAAAUUCAAUCUUUGUCACAUGCUGAACUGUCCCAGUGUCGCAUAUGCUUGGACAAUGAAGGAGAAGAUCUGAUUGCACCCUGCCAUUGUAAAGGAACACAAAAGUAUGUCCAUAGAUCAUGUCUCGAUAACUGGAGAUCAACUAAGGAGGGAUUUGCUUUUGCUCACUGUACCGAAUGCAGGGCAAAGUUCAUAUUACGGGCAAAUGUCCCACCUGAUCGCUGGUGGUUGAGAUUAAAAUUUCAAUUCCUUGUGGCAAGAGACCAUGCAUUCAUUUUUCUCGUUGUCCAGUUGAUUGUAGCAUUCUUAGGUAUACUUGUAUACAAAUUCUAUGGAGAGGAGCUAAGGGAAAUGUUUGGCUACCGAGAGCAUCCAUAUGGCUUUUAUACAAUGGCAGUUUUGGCAAUUGUACUGGUGGGUUUGCUUUAUGGUUUCUUCAUAGCAAUAAUUUGUGGACAGAGAAUUAGUGAACGCCAUUAUCAUGUCCUUGCCAAAAAAGAACUCACGAAGGAAUAUGUGGUAGAAGAUCGGGAAAGGUUAACGAAAGAUGUCCCAGAACUUGAUCCUAAUCACGUUACAGAGCUAAGAAUGUUGGGGCUCUAUUGAGAUUCAUGGCAAUCUAGAGAUUUCAAAGCAAAUUCAGAUGAGGGAGAUGGAAUUAAAUGAGAUUGUUGGAAAGAGAGAUGAAAGCUGAGUGAGGUGGUGGAGAAAGAUUGAAAAGGACCAACGAUAGAUGUGCCGGAGAUAUUGACGGCGUCGACGACAGAGAAAGAAUCGUCGGGAUCAAGUAGAAAAUACACCAUUUGAGUCAGAGAGAAUUUCAGUCUUACCAGAUAUAACACAUUUUGAUUUUGAAAAAGAAAAUUAACCAUCGGAAAAAAUGGAAGAAAUUUUGCGUAGCCAUUGAUUUGAUAGUGUUUGGAGAUAGCAAAUGGUUGAGAUUAUGUCAUACCAGUGUUGGCUAUGCUAGAGGAUUUCUUUUUAUGUUAGUAUAAUAAUUGGUGCACACUUUCUUAUGUUUAGGGUUGACCCAAAAAUGAGAUACUUUUAUCACUUCUAGGACCAAAGUUUCAAUUUCUGUUUAAAAAAUGAGGUAAUGA